CGUUUGUAUAACGUGUGGAAAAGAGAGAAAACGCGUUAAAAAGGGGAGGUUUCCCGUUUCCGGCUGUCACCCGACGAGACGCUGUUAACCGCUGGCUGUUUAUACGUGUUUUAUACAAAUAUUUCUACGAAUUAAUUAUAGUACGAUUUUACUGUCUACUCAGGAAGUAAAUAGCCAAUUUUCUAUUACAUGAGUUAAGUGAAGUGAGGGAGAACAGUAGUCAGCAGUCGAAAAAUGGCUUGGCGAUUCAAAGCAUCCAAGUACAAAAAUGCUGCGCCUGUUGUGCCUAAGCCAGAGGCGUGUAUUAGAGAUAUUUGUGUUGGAUCGUAUCAGACCUAUGGGAACAAUAUUGCAGCCUCUGCUGCCUUUAUGGCCUUCAAUGUCGACCAUAAUGGGUCUAGUCUUGCGGUACUGCCCUUGGACGACUGUGGGAGAAAGAGUAAGACCAUGCCUCUACUUCAUGCGCAUACCGACACUGUAACAGACAUGGAUUUCUCUCCAUUUCACGAUGGUAUACUUGCCACUGGGUCACAAGACUGUCUGGUAAAACUAUGGCACAUUCCCGAAGCAGGUAUCGAAGAAUCUAUUCAUAAUCCCGAAUGCACAUUUUCGCAUAGGCAAAGAAGAGUUGAGGCUGUACGGUGGCAUCCGACUGCGGAGCAUCUUCUCACCACUGUAUCUUACACAAACCUUUCGCUCUGGGAUGUCAUAUCUCAGCAAGAAUUGUUUUCCAACAACGAACACGCUGAAGUUAUCCAAUCCUUGAGCUGGAAACAAGACGGAACAAUCUUAGCUACUUCCUGUAAAGAUAAACAAGUCAGAAUCAUCGAUCCGCGUGCCUCCCGUUGCAUCGUUAACAGUACCCAAAGUCAUCAGAGUAUUAAGGACUCAAGAAUUGUUUGGCUGGGUGACAAAGACAGAAUAUUAACCACAGGAUUCGAUUCUGCAAGAUUGAGACAAGUCUACAUCAGAGAUUUACGGAACCUCAGCGACCCCGUUAAAACGCUCGAACUCGACUGCAGCACAGGAAUCCUGAUGCCUUUGUUCGAUCCUGACACAAACAUGCUGUUUCUUGCUGGGAAAGGAGAUACAACUAUUUUGUACAUGGAAGUAACGGAGCGAGAGCCUUAUUUCGUCGAAGGAAUCAGACACAGUGGAGAACAAACAAAGGGUGGCUGCCUGGUACCUAAAAGAGCACUAAAUGUAAUGCAAGCCGAAGUCAACAGACUUUUGCAGUUAACAUCUAACAUGGUUAUCCCUAUAAUGUACCAAGUACCAAGAAAGACUUACAGAGACUUUCACGCCGACAUUUAUCCUGAGACCGCUGGUUGUGUGGCACAAAACACAGCAGUAGCUUGGAUUAAAGGUCAUGAUGCACCGGUUCCUAAAUUGUCACUCGACCCUGCAAAGCGAGCAAAAGGCGAAGACCCUAUAACGGUACACACAGGAAACUUAACAACACUGAAAGAAAAUCAUCGGGAAAUACAAAUCGUACAGCCGAAGUCGAGCAAGACAAUUACCAUCACCUCGUCAAAAGAUCUUGCACAUGUUCAAUUUAUGGUCCAAGAAACAGAAAAGAAAAUUGAUCUAGACAUCAAGCAAUACGAAGAGAUAAGACAGAAUGAAAUGGAGAAUGAUGAGGCAAAAAUACAGAAUGGCAGCCAGAAUGUUCCUCCAAAACCCCUACCCAGGGCGUCAAGGGCAAACAGUAUUUCUGAGGAAGAUCCAAAACCGGUUGCCCGACCACGCACAACACCGAAUCCUGGAUGUGUUGUUACUCCAGUAAAUCCCAAUGCAGUUGGAGGAUAUAAGCCACGACUAGGGCCCAAGCCGUUUCAAGCAAAAUCUGGAAGCCAGGAAUUCUCCUUUGACAAAGUAUUCUCUGUACCGGUGGCUCCAAAUUCUGAGAGCAAUGGCCAUCAAGUCGAAAUCAGUGGUUCAGCGGAUAGCAACAUUGAGACCGACAAGUCUCCAACUUCAGAAAAUGAGCAAGUCAAAGAGUCUGAGAAUGGAAAAAGUGACUGCAGUUCCAUGGAAGAAGAUGCCAACUCAAGCGACUCAGGGUAUAAACCAAAGACACCAAGUACAGCCGAGCGACGUAAAUUAUUUGAGACAAAAGUUAAAGAUGAGUCUCCCGAAAACGAGGAAUCAGGAAACUUUGAACGUGGUAGUGGAAACAGAAAUUCUAUAGCAGAAAGAAGAAGAUUGUACGAAAGUCGCUCCGUUUCUGUCACUGAUGGAAACUUGGCGGAAAAAGCAAUGGGAUCACCAACACCGCUGAGACGACGUGAUUCGUUCAAGACAAAGAGUGAUGUUAUCAAAGAAGAUGAGGUCAAAAAGAUUAUUCCAGUCUUGCGACAGCAAAGCAUGGAUCCUCGACUAGAAAAGCCAGAGCCAGUGACUACACCAACUCCUAAAAGAACAUCGACUGUGUUUGGUCGAGUUUCUAAGUUCAGACACCUCAAAGGAACCCCUGGACACAAAUCAAUGCACAUUGAGAACAUAAGAAACAUUAGCCGGCAAAUUUCUGGAGAAUGCGAUGGUUUUCAUGCAAAUCCCGAUCGAGUCGCAGUUCCCCUGAGUGGCCCAGGAGGAAAAAUAGCGGUGCUGGAGCUGAAAAAAACUGGGCGACUUCCAGAUGGAGUUAUGCCAGCACUUGUUCAUGGGGCAACAAUUAUGGACUUUCAGUGGGAUCCAUUCAACAAUCAGCAACUUGCUGUCGCCUGUGACGAUGGGAUGAUAAGACUAUGGGAGAUUCCACCAGCUGGGCUUGAAGAACCCACCAAUGAGCCUCGCUCUGUGAUUGAAGCUCACGGAGACAAAAUAUAUUUAAUCAAAUUCCAUCCACUUGCUGCCAAUGUUCUUGCAUCCGCCUCCUAUGACAUGACCGUAAAAAUUUGGGAUCUCACCCCACUGGAAUCUGGUGAGUCUGCAGCUGAAAAAAUAACUCUGACUAGCCACACGGAUCAGAUAUUUAGCCUGGCUUGGUCCCCGUGUGGACAAUAUUUGGCAAGUGCUUGCAAAGAUGGAAAGUUACGUAUUUACAAACCAAGACAAGGAGAUGUCCCAAUUAGAGAAGGAAAAGGACCAGUUGGAACAAGGGGAGCUAGAGUUGUGUGGGCACUUGAUGGAAGAUUUUUAGUUGUGAUGGGCUUUGACAAGGUUUCUGAGCGUCAGAUUAUGUUAUUCAAAGCGGACAAUCUCAAUUCACCCUUAAAUACAGUAGGUCUUGAUGUAUCACCUGCCAUAUUGAUGCCAUAUUACGACGAAGACAGUUCUACGCUCUUCCUCACUGGUCGAGGAGACUCAACGAUAUACGCUUUCGAAGUGACGGAAGAAGCCCCCUACUGCUGUCCACUGAGUCACCAUCGCUGUGCUAGUUUACAUCAAGGUUUGUCUUUCCUUCCCAAGAAUCACUGCGAUGUUACCAUUGUUGAGUUUGCCUCUGCCCUGAGAUUAACCAACAACACGAUCGAACCUCUGAGUUUCACAGUGCCACGUAUAAAGAGCGAGCUAUUCCAAGACGAUUUAUUCCCACCUACGAGGGUGACGUGGAGCCCAACACUCAGCGCGCACGAAUGGUUCAGUGGGGCUAAUAAACAAGCGCCCAGAAUCAGUCUAAAACCUCCUGGAAUGGACAGCUUAACUGAAAGUCAAGGACAAGGGAUUGUGACUGCUCCGGUAUCUGCUAAGCAGUCUACUGCCAACACGAUCACGACACCGUUUAUAGGAGCAACCCAACCAUUCAACAGACUAGGAUGGAAUCCAGAUCUGGCGGGCCAAACUAAGGCGAAACAAGAAGAGAUUCAAAAAUCAGUGAGCAACAUUAUGGGGGAUACUGUACAUGGUUCGUUGGAGCAAGACCACAUGGAGGGAGUGGACGAACGCGAAUGGGAUGAGUGAAUACGGGAUAUUGCGGUAAAUGGUAGGUAACUUAAAAUAAGAAAAAUAAGUCAUAACAUAACGUUGCAGUAGAGAAACAAAAAUAAUAAUUAAUUAUUAACUUAACGUUUCGCACAACUGUCUAGCUGAUCGCGCAACAAUUGUAAUACACAUUAAGAACAUAGGUACAUAUAUUCGCCGCAGAUGAAGUUUAUAAACUGCAUUGAAGUUAUUAUCAAUACGCAGUAGAGAGAUUGUGUACGUUCUAGCUUACAACUAUUAAAACAUUCAUAGCUUUCGUUCCCGCGAGUGGCUGAGCCAUAAAUAUUAUUCCAUGAGUUGACGGUGAUUUAUGUUCGAUAUUUAAUACUAAAGAAAAAAUUAGUGUCACGUAUUUUUCGUAAACUAAUUUAACCCGCUUUUAUUUAUCGUGGAUAGAAUUUCAUCGUAAUUUGCCCCCGUAAUUUUUCAGGUGUGCAAUUAUUUUUACUUGGACAUAAAUUGUUAAUAUUGAAUUGAUGCACUGUAAUAAAUUUUCCUCAAGGAAAGACUCUCAUAUCAGUUAUAGGGUCUCUCAAAACUUAUAGUGUUCUUUGAGCUAUCAUUUGAAAAAAAAAAAGAAAAAAACAUUGUUUUCCCUGAAUAUCAUAAUCGAAUACGUGACUAAAGGUGCUACAAGUAUCCGAUUCUAAAUUUUGAAAAGUCUGGAGAUGAGUUUUCGUAGUUCAUAACAAUAAUGCUUACGAUUUAAUGAAGCUCAAACUAAUUGCUAACUACAAAAAGUGAAGCUUGUACAAGCAGUGCGAUUGUAUUAGAAGUUGAAUUGUCCAAGGCUUAGUUAAUUAAUAUUGUAAAUUUUUCGAUAAAUCAACUUUAAGUUUAUUGCAAUCAUAAUUAACAAAUCAACAAUUAGGUUUCACUUAGCAUUGGAAGAUGCGUGAUUGUAGCUCUAGUCCGGGGUGGUUUUUGAGGUUUCUUAUUAGUAUAACUGAUCUUAACGGUAAUUGAUAACAGUUUAAAUUAAUCUAAGGCUAUGCUAAACAUAAGAAAUUUAGUGAAAUUAAGAUAAAAGGUUCUGAAUUGUAAGAAGAUAUGAAUUUCAUUCAAGGUCUGGAUGUAAAGAAAACACAAAAAAAAAAAAAAAAAAGAACUAGUUGUAAGAUCAAUAUUGCUCACCGACUGCAGAAACUGACCAAUUUAAACUUUACAUACCUUACUCAAAAAUCUUCAGAAUUCACGUAUUCCUUUUCAUUCCUCGAGAUUUUUUUUUUUAUAAUUCAAAC